ACUCGAACAACAACUAUGGCGUAAAAUGAACAAAAUAUGUGGCAUUUGUGGCGAUAAAGCCAAUGCAAGGCACUUUGGUGCGAUUAGUUGCGAUUGUUGUAAAGCAUUUUUCAGGACAUUUGCGCCCAAAAAUCAGGAGUUAAUCCGGAGUAAAGAGGAAAAUGAAAGACUAAAACAAGUUGUUAUAAACAAUAGACUAAAACAACUGCAAUGCAAUGAAUCCGUGGUUUCUUUGGCCCUAACAGUGGGCCGCACUCACACUAAGGCGCACCCUUUCCCCCUCUUUCCGCUUCCGCAU